AUGGCUAAAAAGUGUGACUAUUGCAAGAUGAGCAGAAAUUUGCAAGAGGAAUGUUACAAGCUUAUUGGUUAUCUUGAAAUUAAGACAAGGAACAAAGAGGGAGGAAGAUAUGCUAGUAAUGCUGGGAAGCAUGAUGUUGAAGGGUACAUGGAGACUCCCCUUGAUGAUGCAGUGGAAGAAGGGUCAGGGAGACAAGACCCAAACUUGAUUUCCAGCAUUAUGCAACAAGUUGUGAAGGCUAUGACAAAGAAGCAACAUGGAAGCAGUAGUCAAGCGAGCAACUUUACAUGUAUACUUUCUUUCUCAAAUGUUGCAUUUAACAAUAAUGAAAUAUUCAACUCAGAAUCAUGGAUAAUAGACUAUGGAGCUUCUGAUCACAUGUCAGGGAAUUCCAAGCUAUUUAAUGAAAUAAGAACGUUGAAAAACUUUACAAAAGUUGGGCUUCCAUAUGGAAGCAAUAGGGUGGUCUGGAAAAUAGGAGUUGUGGAUAUCUCUCCAAGAAUAAGACUUGUAAAUAUCUUGUUCAUACCUAUAAUUGAAAAUAAUCUUUUAUCAAUAAGCAAACUUAUUGAGUUUAGCAGAAUAAAAGUGAUGUUUGACAAAAAUGGAUGUUUCUUACAUGACCUUACUAAUAGGAAGGAUAUAGCAUAUGGAAGGAGACUCAAUGAUCCCAAAUAUAUCAGGCGUAAAUACUUCUUGACUAUUGUUGAUGAUCACAAUAGAGGCACUUGGACUCACCUAUUGAACAAGAAGGAUGAAGUGGAAUAUAUGAUUGCCAAGUUCCUAAAUCAUAUUGAAAAUAAGUUUGAUUGCAAAGUGAAGCUAGUGGGGAGUGAUAAUGGAACUGAGAUAUUUAGAGAGGAGUGUGAUGCAUUGUUUACUGAGGGAGGCAUUGUGCACCAAAAUUAUAAGAAGGAUAAUGAAAGUGGGGAUGAAGUACUACGUAGGGAAAGAUCUGCUUGUGCAGAACAUGUAGAAACUGGAAAAAAGCAAGUUGAUAAUCAAGUCGACCUUAGAAGAUCAGCUAGAGAUAAACAAAUUUCAUCUACACUGCAAGGUUUUGAAUCUCAACUGCCUGACAACACAAGAAAGGAAGGAAAUGUAGUAAUGAGUGGACAUGAUUUGUCCAACAUGAGGUAUUAUUCUCCUGAAUACAUAUGCUCUCUUAAUAAUGUUAUGAGAGUAUUUGAACCAUCUAGCUAUAAGCAAUGUAAGAAGAGCUCAUGGGAGUAUGCAGCCUCGCCUGAGUAUAAAAAGGCCAUUGAUAGUAAGUAG